CGCAACGAGACCCCAAUCUCAAGCUAUAGAUCCGACUUACGAUUCGGACUCCGGCUCGGAGGAUGAACAACCACCGAACUCCCGCUACAGCUCUCCCGGAGCACCAAAUCAAGCGCCGCAUCGCAGCGUCACAUCGCUCGCGGGCUCAACUGAAGUACCGUAAACCCGCCAUCGACGAGAGCGAAAUCCUGCCCGUACCCACGGCGAGGCGAGCGGUGACACGAUCAUGGGAGUGCACGCAGACGUAUUCGAAUCCGGAGUUUCUUCCGCCACCGGCGUUGCAUCGGUAUAAUAGUAUCGGAAUACAAUGUGCCUUGGGUCGGGAUCUGGAAGCUGGACCCCUCCACGCUGCACGCCGUCAAGACGAGACGGUCGAGGACUUGAUAGCAUAGCCCGCUCAGAUCGCCCCGCAAAGCAAGAGUAAACUCCUAGCGCCACCUGAUAGUAGGGCAAUGCACUGCUCAGUUGGUCGAAUCUGCCCGACGAUUAAACGAAGUGUCGCCGACGGCAUGAUUUCUCAUAUGCCAGCUGCCCGUGCACACAAUCGGCCGAACGAAUGCGAGCGUCAUUCUGGCUCGGUGCCGAACAAGAGCAGGGAAUUUAGAUUUUGCUGCACCGUUGCGGUGAUUUGUACCUGUUCGACACGGAAAUGCUCCAGAUCUUGGGGCGUAUCAGGAACGAUCAUGGAACCAUGCGAACAGAUAAUCUAAGCCGACGCUUCGACCAGGACCGCACUCUUAU